UCCAUCAUUCUUGUUGGGAAGCUUGUUUAGGCUACUUUGUGAUUUAACAAUGAUCUAACACCAUGUCCGUCAAGACAGGUCAUUUAUGUUUACUGGUUCUUUGCGCUACCUUUUCAACAACUGUAUGGUGUGCCGAUUUCAAGGCUCUCUACACUCAAACAAAAUUGACCGUGGAAUUGGAAAGUUGCACAAAUAGGAGCUACAACGAGCAGAUUCAAAAUACACACACAUCAACUAAGAUCCGAUGUGGUCAGUUGUGUUCAUCUGUUGAAGACUGUAGAAGAUUUAUGUAUGAUAAAGAAACCAAAUCGUGUAGUUUGUUCAAGUUUGGUGAAAACUGCUUAACAACCGGUGCCGUGGAGAAAAAGGUUUGUUAUAAACAGAACUUUUUAUGUGAUGGUGUAAACUGUACUAGAUGUCCUGUUGGUUACUAUGGUGAUCGUUGUCAACAUAUUAUACAAGAUUGCUCCGAAGGAUCCACAUUGGAUUUGUACCCAGAGCAGGUCAUGUUGUCAUUUAUUCAACCAUCGGUUAAUGGUCCUAUUAUAGAGGUUAUAUGCAAUUUCAAUGCCAAGGGGUGGACAUGGAUCCUGAAUCGAGACCUGGAUUGUCUAGAAAUCGAUUUUAACAGAACUUUUGAUGAAUAUUCAAAAGGGUUUGGAAAUCCAUUAGGAAAUUAUUUUGUUGGUUUGGAUAAUAUCCAUAAUCUUCUUCGACUCAAUGGUCAAAUUACUUUGAGUCCAGUAUUUAAUUUCUUUGACAGUCCUUUACGCAAAGGUUUCUAUAAAUAUAUUGAAAUCUCCAACAAGACAGAUAAUUAUCGUCUUUCAAUUGGAAGCUACAACAAUAACAGACCAGAGUACUGCGGUGAUUCACUCACCAAUGGAUCAUACAGUCUAAACGGUAGACCAUUUUCAACUUUUGAUCGAGACUUCACCAAUCACAGUUGUCCAGUUCGUUUCGGUAGCGGAUGGUGGUACCUGGAUGAUCCUGUCUGUAGUCGAAGUAACCUACACGGUAAAAGAUCAGGGGCCGAUUUUCAAUCCACAUGGCACUGGCAGGAUAACUUGGGAAACAAGACGUCUUUCAAAUCUCUACUGUUAAGAUUCAAGCGCAGUUAAAAAGAGAUGGAAAUUCAGUUUCUAAGGGUCCUCCGGUUAAUCUCGAAAUCUCCCCCCCCCACUCUUUCUCGUUAGCUUUUGAUUCCAAGGAUUUUAAUAAAAUCGGUGAAAGGUAAAAGGAAUUGUGAUAUGGGAAGGUCUAAAGCAGAAAGCCUGAACAGUCUCUGGAUUACAACUUAUGUAAUGUCAUCGCUGAAAUUGUUGUUUCUUAUAUUGCCGUUAUAUAAACAGGGUUUUUUAGAAUAACAUGGUGUUCAAACUUUUAUUCAUUAUGGCAAAGAGUGAAGUUCACAACGUAAAAUAAACAAAGGAAGUGAAGACCAGAGUGAAGACACAUGAUUGUGCCCCGAUAGUUCCACAAUUACACACUGUACAAGAACGAACACCAUAUAUCCAUAACAAAAUGACAAUUAUGAAAAUGUUCCUCCGGAUAUUAAUCAUUCAAUAUUCAACACCUUACGAACCUUCAUAAAUCAAACUAAACGAUUCAAAUUAUGAGUUCUACCUUACGUAAUCCUUGUAUAGAAUUGAACUAUAGUAAAAUGCUUACUGCCUGCUUUCCUCGACACUGAUGACUACCCCGCACCAUCUUUUUUGUAAUUUUUUUUGUUCGAUUAUGUAUAUGUGUGUAUAUAUUCUCGAUAUCUUUCAUAUCCGCUUUAUUAUUAAUACAU